CUGUCCCCUCCGUCGAAAGUGAAAGCCAGAAUUUUCAGACAUUAAGCAUUUUCUUCGAAAUUUUCAAUUUUUUUUCACUUCUCAUCUUUGGGAUCAUCUCCCAUUUUUCUUGGGAUUUUGUCUUUUUAUCUUAGUAUAUUUAGUUUUAAUCCAUUUUUAUUUUUGGAAUUGUUUGACUUUAGUCCACUUUGUUCUCAAUUCUCCAUUUCAUUUAUUGGAUGCUAAAGAUCAUUUUUUUGUGAAAUAAUUUCUGGGGUUCUUUCAUAAUUUCAUGGAAAUUAAUUAAGGAGUACUUUGAGGGUUGAAUUUGAAUAAAUAUGGGAACUUACUGUGAGACUGAAGAAGAUAGUUUCUUUGAUAUACACGAUGAGAUUAGUUCUCUCUCUGAUUUGGGUUCGGAUGGUUCUGAGAUUGCCAAAUGCGCUUUAGGAUAUGAAGUUUGGACUCAGGAUCCUGAAAGUGUUGAUGAACGCCGCAAUAGAUUCUUGAAAUGGAUGGGUUUGAACUCGAACCGUGACAGACGCAAUGGACUUGAAAUGGCCGAGAUAUACUCUAAUGAAAGCAAGACGAACGCCGAUAGAAUUAGGGAUGUCAAUGAGACUGUGCUCGCAAACUCAGAUUCUGAAGGAAAUUUUUUCUCUGGUCGAUCUUCCCAAUCAAAUGAAGCUUUGGAAUUGGAGAAGGAUUCCGUAGAGGAUCCAAUGUGUUGGAAAAUUAGGAAUCUAGACAACGGAUCAGAGUUUGUUGCGGAUGAGUUGGGCCAAGAUGGGAUGCUUAGCCGAUUACGUGAAGUAGGUACAAACAGGCUAUUCACUAUUCAAGAGUUUCAGAGAAAUCUUGGCUCAUCGGCUUUGAUUCAGCAAUUGCUGCACAGAGAUAUUAAGGGAUUUAAUAUGGUUGAUACAAAGUCGAAAAUCAGAAGUUUGCUUCAAAAACUCACAAUUUCCACCCGACAUAAAGAGAGGACAAAGGAAGUCCAAUCUACUACCAGUGAGUUCAAUUUAAAGUCAGGGGUUCGUACUCAAAGAGUUCGGGUCCACUCCAGCAAGAAGGAGUCAAAAGAACUGUCCUCUCUUUACACGGGCCAAGAGUUCCUAGCACACAAAGGAUCUAUCAUAACAAUGAAGUUCAGUCCUUGUGGCCAAUACUUGGCAAGUGCGGGCAAAGAUGGCACGGUGCGCAUUUGGAGAGUGACCGAAGAUGACAUUCCUGAAGAUUUCAAUGCUCAAGAUAUUGACCCCUCUUGUUUAUACUUCUCACUAAAUCAUUUGUCCAAAUUAGUUUCUCUCAAUGACUAUAAAGAAAAGAUCAGUGGGAUGAAAAUGAUGAGAAAAUCAUCCGAAUCUGCUUGUGUUGUCCUCCCACCAAAGUUAUUCCGGAUAAUGGAGAAACCACUGCACGAGUUCCAUGGGCAUACGGGUGAAGUCUUGGCCCUUUCAUGGUCCAAAAAUGGGUAUCUGCUGUCAUCUUCUGUUGAUAAAACAGCUCGUCUCUGGCAAGCAGGACAUGAUAAAUGCCUUGGUGUUUACUCGCAUAAUAAUUAUGUCACUUGUGUAGAAUUCAAUCCUAUGGAUGAUAAUUAUUUCAUUAGUGGAUCGAUAGAUGGGAAAAUACGACUAUGGGACGUGCACGGUUGUCGAGUAAUUGAUUGGACUGAUGUAAAAGAAAUAGUGACUGCUGUUUGUUAUUGUCCUGAUGGAAAGGGGGGUGUUGUGGGAUACAUGGAUGGAAAUUGCCGAUUUUAUGAUGUAGUAGGUAAUCGUUUGCAGAUGGGCUCGCAUGUAAGCCUACAAGGAAAGAAGAAGCUUACUAACAAGCGAGUAACCGGAUUUCAGUACUGCCCAAACGACUCAAGCAAAGUCAUGGUUACUUCUGCUGAUUCACAAGUUCGAAUACUUUCUGGAUCCAACAUCAUCUGUAAAUUCAAAGGAACUCAAAAUCUGGGUAGUCAAUGUCCUGCAUCAUUCACUUCUGAUGGGAAACACAUUCUCGCGGUUACUGAGGAUUCAAAUGUUUAUAUCUGGAACUAUAGUAAUGAGGACGGGACAACUGGCCAAGCAAAGAAAGUUCGGUCAUCUGAGAGUUUCCUUUCCCAAAAUGCAUCAGUUACAAUACCAUGGUGUGGCUUUAAAACCAAUCCCGGGACACUACCACCAGGAAGUGUUUUAGCAAAUGGUGAUGUCAACGAGAACUCGCAGCCAAAGACUUCAUCUUUACAAGAUUGCUUCUCCUUGGGACGUGCGUCUUUCUUGGAUUCAAUAUUAAAGGGUUCUCCAACGUGGCCGGAGGAGAAAUUGCCCGAUUCAAGUCCAGCAAAUGCGUCCCCUUCUAUAUCUAAAUCCGAAUACAAGAUCUUGAAGAGUGCUUGGCAAAGUGCAUUGAGUUCGAGCCAUUUGUGGGGUCUUGUGGUUGUCACAGCCGGAUGGGACGGAUGCAUUAGAACAUUCCUCAACUAUGGGUUGCCGAUUCGUUUAUGAGAUUCUUGCCACCAGAGAUUCGGUCUAGUGGAUAGGCGCAAAUCACGAGUUUGAACCAUGUCGCAGACAAAAGCCUGGUAUUAUCCACCUAGUUACGAACCAUGCACAGCUGGAGCCUCAUGAUUCUGAGCUUUUCCCUUUUCUUGUUUGUAAAGUUUUAUCAAUUCUUGGCUUUGUGACCAAUCAUUUUUUUUUUUACAAAAAAUAUAUUGUAUCAAAUAGGUUACUAAAUUAGACUAUGCAAAGGGUAUACUAGUAGAUAUAUCUAAAAUCUAGCCAAAUGUCUCAUAGGAGCUGGAUUUUUAGAAGUUGUCAUUAUUCUCACACAUAAAUUCAUAGUAUUAAAGUACAAACAUUAUUUCAUUUGUUCA